AUGUUGACUGGUGUCCCUUUGACUUUGCAGGAAAGCGUGUACAAGUACAAGCUCAAAAUAAAAGAUGGAGAUAAAGUGAUUGAAGAAGACAUUGAAAUUGACACUGAGAAACAAACAGAAACCUAUCACAUUCCAAAGAAAUACUCUGGUAACGGGGGAGAAGUCGAUAUCGUUUACGACUUUAAACAGGUAACUACUUUGGUGAAAGGGCAAAGGGGGAGGGGGGUUUGCUGCGUUUGGCUUUUAUCAGAAACACUAGCAACGAAAUUUCGAGAAAUUAGUGAUUUUAAUCAUUAAAAAUUUUCUUCACUCUGUUAAGUAACUUAUUUCAUAAAAUUUUUCCGAAUUUCGGUAACACGAACAAUAAGUGUAGCGAACACAACGUGUUGCGAAAAUUUAUUGACUUAUAUCAUAAAAGUGAGUUUAUUUCCGAUUGAAACGUUUACUCAUUAACAUAUGCUUUGAGGCGCGUUAAUAGUGGGUAUCGCGUUCAAUAGUCUUUACUUGUAAAUAAUUCAUGUACAAGCAUAAACUUCUUGGGUACAUUCUGAGAACGUUUUUGUUGUUAACGUUACUGCUACCAGAUAGACCAGCCGGUGCAUCAUUUUUUUACUUUUGACAUAAUAAGAAAUGCAAAUCAUGUCUUUUUUCAAAAUUGUGUCUUGCUCAAAAACGCGAAAUUAAAGUUACUCUCAAUCAAAAAUUUUUACAAAAUCGCGAAUUUUAACAUCGCAAAAUAUUCGAACCAUCAAACGUAUACGUACUCAGUUGUUUGCGAAGUUUCGCCAUCGCCGACUCAUCUACCUCUAUCACAUUCAGUGCACAUUUUUCUUUUUAUAUCUGUUGGUUCUAUUUACUCGUAAACGGCAGGCGUGAGUCAUGAUAUCGUAACAAGAAUUGCCUGUUUUCCUUUGUUGUAGAACUUAACCAUGCACCGAAUCUCUUCCGCAAAAUCCUGUUUUCUGAGCAAAUUUGAUGAAGUUAUGCCCAACCCUAGUGACCUCGUCAAGUUUCUUGAUCAGGUAAGUCUAGGUGAGAUUAUUUUUCGUCUUGAUAUUUGCAUUUCUAAAAGUAGAAUCUUCGAACUCUGAUUUAAUCUCUUUUCGAGACUGAUUAAGUUUUAAAUUGCUUUGGGAAAUCUUUCGUCAACGCCUGGCAUCUAUGCCAAAAAAGGGGGUGGGGGUGUGUAGGUUUGGAGGGAAUGAUUUAUUUAAUUACUUAUUCAAAAUUCUCUUACUUCUCCUUUCCUAGCUUUACUAGGGACGGAGUCACACCGAUAGAAUAUUAAUUCCUUGGAGUUCCUUACUCCGAGAUCAGUGUUUCAAUACCAGAGAAUUUCACAUUUCUUAAAAAAAAGAAACAAACGGCAAAAAUACAAACUGCGGUAACAAACAUGAUGAAACAACGCAUGUUGUUGUUCUCUUUGUUACUGUCACUUCUGAAGACGUAUUUUGUUACAUAUGAAACGUCAAGUCUUUAAAAUCGUAGUUUUUUUGCAACAUGCGUUGUUUUAUCAUGUUUGUUACCGCAGUUUGUGUUUUAUUUUUACUUAAGUUGAAAUUAAAUGGCCGAAGAAUAAGAGUGUUUACAAACAUAAAAACCACAUAGUUUAGGUGAGACGGAUGUUCGUAAAACGAAGAAACAGUAGUAAAUCCACACCUUCUCUUUUCGCUCUCUCUUCACAGAAAAGAACCAGCAUAUUAGACAGAAAUGGGACGAAACUUGAAUACAAAGUCCUUUUUACUUUAACUGACCGCUCGAACCUGAGUGAUGAAAUGGCAUUUAUGUGUGCCAAGCUGCCCAUUUUUUACAUCGAAAAG